GCGUUUAGAUUCAAAUAAUCGUUUAUUCUCCAUCUUGAUUACUUGUUAUAACUAUGGAUAAAUAACCUUUUAAUAAUAAUCAUUUACGUUAAAAAGAACGUGUAGUAUUUUCAAUUUUAUACAAAAUGACGAUAGACAUAGUUGAAUUAUUAAAAGAACCAAGAAUGAUAAAUGUAUGUGCACCAAUGGUUAGAUAUAGUAAAUUGCCAUUUCGAAUGUUAGUCAGACAAUAUGAAUGCGAUAUUUGUUUCACACCUAUGAUAGUGGCAAAUUCAUUUGUAAAGUCGGCUAAAGCUAGAGACAGCGAAUUUUCCACGAUAGAUAAGGAUACUCCGCUUAUUGCACAAUUUGCAGCUAACAAUGUAGCUGAUUUUACUAAUGCAGCUGAAAUAGUUGCUCCAUAUUGCGAUGGAGUUGAUUUAAACAGUGGUUGUCCACAACGUUGGGCUAUAAAUGAAGGAUAUGGUGUUGAUAUGUUAAAACGUCCAGAACUUGUAAAAGAUAUAGUGUCUCAAGUUAGAAAUCGUGUCUCUAAUCCAUUCACAGUUUCUGUAAAAAUAAGAAUAUUGAAAGACAUUCGCAGAACAGUUAAUUUUUGUCAAACAUUAGAAAAAGCUGGUGCAUCGUUUUUAACUGUACACGCGAGAACACCAGAAAUGCGAUACGAACCAAUACAUUUAGAUGAUCUUAAAAUUGUUAGAGACAGCGUACAAUUACCGCUUAUUGCCAAUGGAGAUGUAAAGAAUUUAGAAAGUGCUCAAAAACUUUACGAAGAUAGUAAUUGUGAAGGAAUAAUGAGUGCAAGAGGUAUUUUAGCAAACCCUGCUCUUUUUUCGGGUUACAGGACAACACCACUUAGUUGCAUUCAAGAUUGGAUAGAUAUCACAGCCAGGAUUGAUACUCACUUUUUAUGUUUCCAUCACCAUUUAGUAUUUAUGACGGAAAAAAUGUUAUCCAAGAAGAAUAGAGUACAUCUUAAUAUGUUAAAAACGAGAGAAUCCGUUUUAGAAUUUCUUGAAAAUCAUUUUGAUAUAACGCCAAGCCCAUCUUAUGACACAAUAGAACAAAUAUUUUGUGACAUCGAUGAAAGCAACAUCAAAUAUGAUAAUGAAAAGCAUGUAAAGAAUAGACAAGAUAUGGAAUGUAAUAACGUCUAUGUCGAAAGAGAUCAAUCUGAAAUACCCAAUUAUCUUUUAGGUGAUCUAUUUCUAGAAGCAUAGAAUUUUUAAUUGCAAUUAUUAAUACAUUCCAUCAUGAGAAAAAUAAAUAAUAUUACUAUGGAACUGUACUAUGUAUACUAUGUAUAGUUCCAUAGUAAUAUCAUAUUCUUUUUAUCUUUUUAUAAAAUAUAAUAACAACGCAAAACAAUCGUUUGUGUA